GCUUUGUACCGGCUGGAGAAGAAGUGGUAGAGAAGCCUGGUAAAGAUGAGUAUGCACUGGCGAAAUGGAUGCGCAAGAACGGCAAUCAAAAGACCAAGUUUAUGAAUCACAUAGUCGAAUACUUCACGGCCGCGAAAGCGAUCGAUGCCUUACUUGAGUCGAAGUUUGCCAGUGGUGACAAUGCGUUGUUCGCCAACCGGGAGGAGGUGGUCGACUACCUGCAGUUGAUGCUGGAACACAAAUUCUUCCACCGGGCGCGGAAGAUCCCCGUCUCGGAGGCAGAACUUAAAGGCAAAGAAAAGGAUAAGAAAGCCGUCAACAGCGAUACCGACGCUGAAAAGAAGGAGAAGGAAAAGGAUAAGAACACCGAUGCGGAGAGCAGCGUCGUCGAAGGUAAGCCGGACACGACGAAUAGUGAGAAAGUCCAGCGGAAACGCAAGAUUCGUCUCGAUAUGCACAAUGACCAAGUGUUCGUCGACGGGUUAGACGCGUACGUGUGGAUUUACGAUCCGAUUCCGUUUCACUACUGGAUUAUUGGCACGUUGCUGGUGCUGGGCGCCAUCGGCGUGUGCUUAUUCCCGUUGUGGCCGCCGUCCGUGCGCCUUGGAGUUUAUUAUCUCUCGGUAGCAGCUGCCGGCUUUCGUUUUAUCAUACUAUUGGUGAUUGUGCGUCUGAUUGUUUUCUGUCUGGUGUGGAUGUUAACCGCCGGGAAGCAUCAUAUAUGGAUAUUACCGAACCUCACCGAGGAUGUUGGGUUCUUUGCUUCUUUCUAUCCGCUUUACAAGUAUGAAUAUAAGGGCAGCGAAUCAACUGCCAAGAAAAAGAAGAAAAACAAAGACUCGGACGCCGAGAAUGAGAACGACGAUGACCCGGAAUGCAAGACAGACGACACCGAGCCGCUGCUGAGUAAGCACGAAGGUGGCGACACGCCGCCCACGCCGGAUACCAACCAACCGUCGGAGAGCGAAUCGGAGUCGAGCCAGCGCUCCAGCACCGGCAAGGACUUCGAAAUGGUUGACAAGGACGAAGACUUCGAUGACAACGCGGAGUCGUAACUUCACUUUACUGAACUUCCGCGUUCAAUAAUGGGUAAUCUAUAAUUUAAAUAAUUCAAUUCUAUUCUUAGGUAAAUGAUGCAAUGUGAGAUUCAAAUGACGUGAGACCUUAAUUUACAUGCUAUUUUCUGGAUUGAUUUACAACUAUCGUAGACAGAGUAAUAUAUAUAGAUAUAUAUGAUGAUAUUAAUUAAGCAAAACAAUUUCGGAUGGCGAACACAUGUAACUUGCUUUAUAUCUGUUGUGAAAUCUUUAUCUUCACACAUUUAAGUUAAUAUACUGUGUAGAGAUUGUAUGAAAAAAUGAUACUGUUAAUUCGGAAUUAUGUAGAAACUUUCAAACUCGCGUGCUCACAGUUAAGUAAGUGCAUGUGUAGGAUGCUAAUCCGCUUUGCGACAACUAUGCAACCGACAGAUAUUGGUUCUUAUGUCUGGUGCUAAUGAUAAAGCAUUUUUUAUUAUUAUUUAUGAACGCAUUGUUUUAUCUUGAGAUUGUGAACUUGUUUGCGUAUGGAAGUAUGUAUAUUAUGUUGUUCUUGAUCAGCGCAUUUAUAAAGAUGUAUUAGUUAGAUAAAUAAUAAUAUUGUGUUAAA